AGAUUUUUAGCUGGUUUAAAAAUGCAAACGUGUGAUGGGUGACAUGGAUAUGUCGGUUCUUGAUAGGAACUCAUGAUCUUAAGAGAAUGUCAACCCCAAGAAACUAUACUUGCAUUUUGUGUUCAAAAAGACCAAAAACCAGAGACAGGCGGAAACUUAUUGGACCCAACAAUAAAUCACUUCGUAAAUGUUUACAGCAGUUUUUUAUUGAACAUGACAAAAUUAAUCACACUAACAGUGUAAUAUGUAAUAAAUGCAGGAUACGAUGCUCUCGAGAAAUUGACACAAAUGUAAGAUGCCCAAUACAAACUACAAUAUCUGAAUCAAUUAAUGAUGACACGGAGUACGUCCCUCCAGCAAAGUAUGCCAGAUGCCAUCCAUGUAAAUCUCCACCAAGUAUCGCACUGCCUAUACCAUCAGCUGGCGGUGGCCACUCGCAGUGUGUUGUGUGUAAACGCCGAGGCCCAAAGCUAGUAGUUGUCCCAACAAACGCUAGAUUUAAUAUCUUUUUGGAUAAACUCAUUAUUCUCACAGUUGGUGCCAGAUGUUGUCCAGGACACUUGUGCAAUGAAAUAUUUUUACCUGAUGCACUUGACAGAAUUUCGCAUUCGCAGUCCUCGUCCAUUUUUAACCGUACUGACUUAAUGGACCUUAUUACGCAAAUCCGAGAUAUGGCCUUGAGAGGAAGCAAGCGGCGAAUUGACUUUGACACAGAAAAUGCCCUUACAAGCUCAGACAUUUUAAAUCUUACAGGCCUUUCUAAGGAAAACUUUAAUGACCUAUGUUCAAUUGUCCAAAAGGGUAAUUUACGGGAUUCUCGGACUCGUAGUGUCCGGACUUGUAUUGGAAUAUUUCUAACCAAAUUGAAGUCCGGUUUAUCAAAUAAACUUCUAUCAACACUUUUUAAUCUUGGUAAAGAUUCUGUAAGACGUGCUAUUGCAUCAGCUAGAAAAUACUUGUCUGAAAAUUUUGUUCCAUCUAAUCUAGGAUUUAAUCAUAUAAGUAGGGAAGAGGUUAUAACAUCGCAUACUCGACCUCUAGCGCAAUCACUGUUCGGAAAAGGAAUGUAUCCAGCAAUUAUAGUAGCAGAUGGCACUUAUAUCUAUAUCCAGAAAAGUUCACAAUUCAAGUUCCAACGUAAAUGUUAUAGCAUGCACAAACAUCGACCACUGGUUAAACCAAUGGUCUUUGUAACAACUUCUGGUUACAUUAUAAGUGUAAUUGGACCUUACUAUAGCGACGGAAAAAAACAACGAUGCACAAAUAAUGAAGCACAUCAUCCAACAUGACAUUGAAGAAUUUAAGGAAUGGGUGGCUGAGGAUGAUAUUAUGAUUGUUGACCGUGGCUUUAGAGAUGCACUUGACUUACUGCAAGAAAUGGGUAUUCAAACAAAAAUGCCAGCUUUUAAUAAAAAAGGGGAGUCUCAACUUCCAGUUGAAGACAGCAACGUAACAAGACUUGUUACGAAAAUCCGUUAUCAGGAAAUGUGUCUUGUGUAAAAGUGUACUCUCUGGUUUUAUGUAUAGGUGUAUAUGAAGAAAAAAAACCAAUCCAUGUUCUUUAAACCUUACAGAAAGGCAGUUCAAUUAAUGCACGGGUUAAUAUGACUGAAUUCUUAUAUACAUGUAUUUUAAUCACCUAAGCCGUUCUUAUGACCGUCCGUUUGUCAAAAAUAUAUUUUCUUCACAUUCCUUUUCUCUCAAAAACUAAUAUUCAUGUCACAAUGUCUUCAUCUUUUGUCAUGCAGCGGCCAAAUGUAUCAAGUUGUAGUUUGUGCGUUUUUUCGAAUCUCUCAGACAAUAACUUAUUUUUUUUCUGAUAUGUUGAGUUACUAGUUCAACAUAGUUUUUCAUAUACAUGUUUUUCAUAUGACUACAUGUAUUUGCAAUUAAUUGUAAGAUUUAAUAAAUAAGUACAUAACUGAUUAAAAAUUAUUUUCAUGAUAAAGCAUAAUGACAGUGUAUGUUCUUUAUAGCUUGUGACUUUGGUAUUAAGAGUAUAUCCAUUCUUUACUCACGGAAAAUUGCGGACUGUAGAAAAUAAAGAAUAAUUUGUCACAUAAUGCAGAAUUAAUAAAAAAAAUUACUAGAUUCUUUGCAACAAAUACUGAAUGCAUAUACCUAUUGUUAAUUCUAUGUUCAGUGUAGAUGUCCACAUUUAAUAGGAUUCUUUGAAAGUAUUAAGAGAGAGUUGAGAUAGAUAA